AUGCUCCACUUCUGUGUGAUAUGCGGCGUGCUCAUUCGCCGUACCUCUUUCGCGCCUGGAGUACUACCAGAUGACGACUUGCAAUGGUAUCAACAGCUCCACAUCGUGUGGCGCCGUGAAAUCUCAGAUACGGCGACUCUGAGUGGUGUUGGAUAUAUCGACUCCGACGACAGAGUAAUUGCGCCUCUGGGUCCUGAAAGUUCUUAUCGUGACGCUAGUGUAACCUUUGAAGAAUACAUCCCUUACUACGAGGGUUCCCAGCUCCCCUGGAGCUUUUUCUUCCAUGCGACAUGCUGGGACAUUCUGCUACAGAGGGUUCCUGAGGGGCUAUCAGACCUUAGUAGAUUUUCGUCCAUAUUUCACAAUGUGCUGUAUUGUACUACCUGGAGUCGGCACCGCUAUGUUCGGCCAGGUCACGAUUUCGGAGGCUCGAUUCAGUUCCAAAAGCCUGCUGGCGACCCUAUCAGGAAGAUCAUUGCUGAGGGGUAUAGUUAUCUUCUGGCUGAGCCCUUGCAACCUCAGAAUAUGGCAGAGAUAUUACGCAUUUGUGGCGGGCACAAAGUUUUCACAGUGCCUACCCGCGCCCCAAUCAUACGGUCAUCUCAAGGGUCCAGGGAUAUAUUCUCUCGUCUUCCCCUUGAAGUGUUGUAUAUGAUUAUCGAGCUGCUCCCCUCUAGUGAUAUCGGACGUCUCCGAUUGGCGUCAACAUCAACUGCCCAUGUGACACGUCCCACAUCGCUCCCUCAGCGGUUCUGGCGAAGUCGAUUCCGCCCAGAUUUUGAAAUGGGUUUUGCAAUGCCAAUUGAGGCUACAAUAGAUGAAGAUUGGCGAAAGGCUUACUUCGCAAUUCGGCAUGCCUUGUCGAGCCCUUUGGACUUUGCGUAUCUUAAGAAUCGGCAGAGGAUGUGGAAUAUUGUCACUGUCAAUGCGUCCUUGCUUGCUGAACACAUGAAAGGCUCUGGCUUGAGUGGCGAUCUACACAAUGAUAAUAAUGAUUCAUGUCCAAAACUGCAGAAUGGACUCAGCGAGCUUGGUCGAGGACAAAUAAUUACAACCCAGUUUUCUACAAGUUGCCACGAAUAUCUACAUGUUGGAAGCAGGAAACUUUCUGAUACAAGCAUUGUCUUGCCGGUAAAUGAGGGUGAAGUCCGUAUAAUAUGGCUUUCUAUGAUCUGUUUCAACUCGCAGAAGUUCAUUGCAGGCGUUCGCUUCCAAGCCUUGGACUCUCCUACUCAAGGUUACAGGAACUACUCCCUCGGAUAUAUCUCGCGAGGAUCUGAAGUCAAGGUGGACAUUCCCCUUUCACAUCGCAUUGCGGGGUUUGAACUAGCCACACGUGUGAAUGGCGUUGUGGGGAUGAGAGUGGUCUUACAGAAAGGCUCUGACAAGUCUUGGACUAGCUGGGUAGGCGACGUUGGGGAUGGGGACCCAAACAUUGCUUUCGGAAUGUUGUCAUUGACGAAGGGGUUACAGAGAGCUCUAAUCGUUGCUGGAUUUGAUGUAAGUCUGAUAGUCUACGAGGGGCUCCAAUGGCUAACCGCUCUGAAGGCAUUUAAAAUGCUAGAUUUAGCCAUACUUCGGGAAGCACCAGCUAGAUUGGAGGAUGUGCCAUUGCAGCCUUUGUGGACACCAGUCUGUCCAAGGGGACCACUGACACCCGCCCUGCAGUAUUCUUCGCGCGGGUCAUUCAAUGCAAUGCUGGUUAUGGACUUUGGUGGUAACCAUGGCCAAAACCUCGCUCAUCUCACAAGGAUAGUGGCACACAUUCAGGAAUACUCAGCUCCUAUCGUUGGUCUAACAUUUUACUUCGAUAACCAAAAGAAUAUCCAUUUUGGCCGUCAAGGUCGAAUGGAGGUGUCGUCCUUCUUUGACGGGCCUGCGGGGGAAAGGGUGGUCAGUGUUACAUACGAGCGGGCUUCUACGUCCUGUGGAAUUGUCACUCUUCAGAUUCACACGAACUAUGGGAAUACGGCCGUUUUCAUGCCCAAUGAACUUCGAAAGUGGCCUUCGACAAAGCUCUCCGUUCCAGCGCCCCCAAAUACUCCAUCCGACCUUUCCCUACAAAGACCUAGCACAGAGUACUCUACCGAAACACUUCGAGCUCCAGAGGACCAGCAGAUAACAGGUUUCGCGGCCAAUCUAGAGCAAUCACUCCUUCCAGAGCUUUCAUUUGCAACAUGA